AUGGAUAUCUCAACGUGCUCUGCCACAGCCAACAGCUCCAUUACAUCAGGGCCCCCCACACAACCGUGCAGCUCCACACAUAGAGAGAGUCAGCAGAACAGGCGGCAGAACAGGCGGCAUUCCUUGUCCAAGCACCAGGCGACACGAAGGCCUAACAAGAGGCUACCAAGGCCCACCUCAGAAUCUCCAAAAGGGGCAGCAACGUCUGCAGGUCACUCAUUAGCGAAUGAGCUGCUGCAAUGCCUACGAGCACUAGCCCGGCCUGCCCUGAAGAAAUUCUGGAGACAAUUGGCACUCGGAGAGCAACAGGCUGCAGUGAGGAAUCCAGGAGGCUGCUUACCGGUAGUGUCGCCUCAGCGUUUCCAGCGUAGGCCUUUGGCUCUUAAAGUACAGAGGGCACAAAAACAUUGA